AACUCAUCCACAUUACAACUCCCGAUUCAUGACCUUUCCAUCGGCUCAUUCGCGGGCUGUUUUCUCUUCACACAUGCUUCUUUCUGAGCUGCAAUAGACAUCUUGACUAUGAGAACAGCAGCUCAAUUUCACCUUAGCUGACCCCAGAUAUGAUAUAUCCCUCAUCUCCUUAAUUCUCUCUGUCUUCUCAUCUGUCCGGCUCAUCGUCCAGACUCCAUCCAGCCUUAUCCUCCCGUGCUCCGGUAUUCGAAAGUCUGCCAGUGCCAACAAACAAACACGCGGUAUCUCAUCACCAUGGCCAAGCAUGUCUGCAUCAUCGGCGCCGGCCCCUCCGGCCUCGUAGCCGCCAAAACCCUCGUCCACAACGCCCCCGCGGGGACCUUCAAAGUGACAAUGUUCGACGCGCAGCCCCGCAUCGGCGGCCUCUGGCCCUCCUCCACCCAAGACGACGAAGGCCUGGUGCACCCGCUCAUGGUGACCAACCAGAGCAAGAACACGAUGCACUUCAGCGACCUGGCCUGGGCCGCCGACGACCCGCAGUUCCCGCGGGCGUGGAUGGUGGGGCGGUACCUGGAGCGGUACGCGGAGCGAUACCUGGUGCGGCGUGACCCGCGUGCGUGUCAGUGUCCCGGGGCGGCGGCAGACGCAGACGUCCAGCUGCGGCUGGGGUGGCGCGUCGUGGGGGCUGAGUUGCUGGAGGAUGCGCGGUGGCGGGUUACGGUGCGGAAAAGUGCGGACCUCGGCCACGAUGAGGAGGAGGAGGAGGAGGAGGAGGAGGGGGCGCGGACGAGGGUGUCUGACUUUGACCACGUACUUGUUGCGUCGGGGUUCUUUGGCAGACCUGCUGUUCCGUCGUGGGUCCGAGGGGUGGCGGAUGCAGCAGCGGUGCCGGUGGUGCAUAGCAGCAAGUAUCGCCAUCUCGAGGGUUUGUUGGGGGGCCGAGGAGAACCCGGAGGGGGAAGGAUCCUGGUGGUGGGCGGGCAAAUGUCUGGCGUCGAGACGGCGGCCACCAUCGCCAGUCACUUAUCUUCUGCCGUCCAUUCUCCUGGGCCGAGUCGGGUUCCGAAUGCGGAACACUACACGGUUCACCAUCUGAUUCAGCGUCCUGCCUGGGUGUUUCCCCUUUACACCACUCCCAAGCCCAAGUUGGCUGCACCUCCUUUUCUGCCGGUCGACAUGCCGUCCUACAACCUCAAUAACCGACCUCACCCGCUGAGGGACAACCAGGGCCACAUCCCUCCCGACACGGCCAUGACGAUGCACAACAUGUACGAGGCAGCCCUGGGCCGCAACCCAUCCCAGUUCUCCCCGUCCAUCAUGGCCGUCCCCGCCGAGGACCGCACGGAGCCGCCCUACCUAGCCAUGAGCGAACACUACAACGAGCUAGUGCGGUUGGGCCUCAUCACCGUGUCGCGCGGCAAGCUCGAGGGGCUAGACGGCACCACGGCCCUCAUCGCAAACCCCGUGCCGCCGACAUCACCACCACCCGCCAGCGGCGAGAAGCUCGAGGACGUGGCGGCCGUGGUGCUGGCGACCGGGUUCGACGCGUCGGGCUGCGUCUCGUUCCUGCCGGCGCGGGUGCUCGAGAAGCUCCACCACGACCCGGAGGAACGCGACCUGCCGCUGGCGCUGGGGUUCCACGGCACGCAGAACCGGGCGGUGCCGACGCUGGGGUUCGUGGGGUUCUACCGGUCGCCGUACUGGGGCGUGAUGGAGAUGCAGGCGCGGUUCCUCGCGGCGCUGUGGACGCCGGACCUAAAAGUACCGGGCGUGGAUGCGGCGGCGGCCGACGACGCAUGCGUACACCGCACCCUCUCCCUCCGCGGGGACCCGCGGCGGUCGCAGUUCCCCAUGGGCGACUACCCGUUCCUCAUGCAAGAGAUAGCGGCGGCGCUAGACCUCGAGAGGAGCCCCGCACCCCGCCACGACAGCGACAGCGACAGCGACUCGUCCUCGCCCACGCUCCUCCUCCCGCACAACAACCUCCCGAUGGACAUCCUGACGCCGUCGCGUUACCUGUCUGCUUUCGCCGACGAGGAGGCGCGGGCGGAGAACGCGGAGGCGCUGCGGCAGGCCGACGAGACGGCGGUGGCGGGGCUGACGAGCAGCCGGUUCGUGGCGCACGCGGUGUUCCGCAGCCUGCUGGGGAGUUGGCGGCUCGAGAGGUCGUUGGAGAGCAGGCUGCCGUCGCAUCCCAGCGGGCGGUUUAGCGGGACGGCGAGGUUCCUGCUGCGGGAGGCCACGGGGGACGGGGGGAACGGGGGGAACGGGAACCCGGGGGAGGAGUACCUCUACAUCGAGGAAGGGGAGUUCCGGGCCGACAACGGGUUGACGUUCCAGGCGAGGAGGCGGUAUGUCUGGCGGUAUGAUGAGGCGAGGGAUGUGAUGAGCGUGUGGUUUGUUCGGACGGACGAUGACCGGCGGGCGGACUACCUGUUCCACCAAGUCGAGUUCCUCGGGCCGGGUCAGGGGCCGGAGUCGCCGGACCGCAAGGGGUGGAAAGCCAAGGCGGGGCAUUUGUGCAUCGAUGAUUUCUACAAUGUGGCGUACGAGUUUUGUUUCAAGGCGGUCGAGUUGGAGCAGUGGACGAUUGGAUAUACGGUGAAGGGGCCGAAGAAGGAUUACACGAUACAUGGGGUGUAUCGAAGGUUGGUGUAGGGGGGUGAAGGGGAACGUGGAGGUGGCCGACGUAGGGCGCCAAGAGGCCAAGAGGCCAAGAAAGAGGCCAAGAGGCGCCACUAGCUUUAUCGGUAAAGCCGCCCCUUCUUUUUACACAGCCACGCAUCUCGUUCACAUCGGCGCAGAAAGCGAUAUGAGAAGAUUUUGGUCUCUUUGGAUUUCUACUGCAAUGUAACCAAUAACCAACAACC